UGCUCUUCCCACGCCCAUAUGGUCAUCGCCCUUAGGUGCCCCACCGUCUUCCCGGCUUUUCUGCUCCCGAUCCUUCGGCUGCGGCGCGUGCAUUCCCGUCGUCUUCUUCGUGCGUCCAAAGUCUCCAUCUCGACAAGUCCACGCGCUAUUCGCCUCUAUUCAGUGAACUCACUUCUACAGCAUGAGAGAUGGCCAGACCCCUUCGCCCAUUGAUUCGGCGAUUCGGAUGCUGCCACCAGCCGCAUCGCUUUCUCCCUCAGUCAUCUCCUUUCUCAAUGCGAAGCUCAGCACGGUAGAAGACCUUGAACGGGCUCCGGAUCUUCUGUCGGAGCUCCGGAAUCAGUGUGAUGAUCUCGACCGAAGCCUCUCGGAUCUGAACAAGCAGCUUGAGACCUAUCUGUUCGACUACUCUUCACAAUCGGGACAGAUCAAUGGUAUCCUCGAUGACAUUAAUCACAGAUUGAAGGAUCUCCAGUCUUCUUCCUCUCGUACUGCAACUUCUUCAUCCGAUGGAGAUCCGGGUAAGAUUUGGGGGGAGGAAUUACCAGCAUUGGCGAAGGAGGUGGCGAGAGUAGAAACAGUGCAGAAGUAUGCAAAGACUGCUUUAAAGCUUGACACAUUGGUUGGUGAAAUUGAGGAUGCUGUGUCUGCAACUGUUAAAAGAACAUUGAAGAGACAUCCAUCCUCGAAAAGUUCAGAAGACAUGCAAGCUGUUGCAAUCACGAGCCUUAAACUAACAGAAGACACUCUAAGAUUGAUUUCAAAGACCCAUCCUCGGUGGCAAAAACUUGUAGCAGCUGUUGAUCAUAGAGUGGAUCGAGCUUUAGCCAUGUUAAGGCCUCAGGCAAUUGCAGAUCACCGUUCCCUUCUUGCUUCUCUUGGAUGGCCACCACCUCUAUCCACUUUGAAAAGCUCUGGCCAAGAAACGAAGAAGUCGAUAACUGUCCAUAAUCCACUUCUCACAAUGCAAGGGGAGCUCAAGGGAAAAUAUUGUGAAAGCUUCCUCACACUAUGCAGUUUACAGGAAUUGCAGAGACAGAGAAAAUCUCGCCAAUUAGAGGGGACUGGUAAGCACGUAGCUAUACACCAGUCACUCUGGACCAUUGAGGAGCUCGUCAAUCCUAUAUCAGUUGCUUGUCAAAAACAUUUCUCAAAAUGGACCGAUCAGCCAGAACUUAUCUUUGCGCUUGUGUAUAAGGUCACUCAAGAUUAUGUUGAUUCUAUGGAUGAAUUGUUGCAACCACUGGUUGAUGAAGCCAUGCUCUCUGGUUAUAGUUGCAGAGAAGAGUGGAUUGCGUCAAUGGUAUCCUCAUUAUGCAUCUAUUUGGCAAAAGAAGUGUUCCCACAAUAUACUUCUAGUCUGUCGGAUGAAGAUGGCACAACUGGAACUGAAUCACACGGUAGAGCAUCCUGGCUAUUUCUCAUUGACCUGAUGAUAGGAUUUGAUAAGAAGGUGCAGUCCCUUGUUUCACACUCAGGAAUCUCACUUUCUUUGCAGGAAGAUGGAUUAGAGAAGGUUUCUUCGCUUUCUGUAUUUAAUGACAGACCAGAUUGGCUUGAUCUGUGGGCAAAAAUCGAACAUGAUGACUCACUCGAUAAGUUAAAGCCCGACAUCAUCGACGAAAGAAACUGGUCAAAUUCAGUUCAAGGAACUGAUCUUCUAUCAGGGCAAGGCGAUGCCAAGUCACCUGCAAUUACCAGUUCCUUUCUCCGGCGCUUAUCAGCAGUCAUUGAUCGUUGCCGGUCACUUCCAACGGUCCCCUUGAGAUCAAGGUUUUUGCAACUGGCAGGAGCACCACUGAUAAACAAAUUUAUUGAUUCCAUACUCCUCAGGUCCCAAGAAGCUGAAGGGCUAACGGCACUGACAGAUGACAGCGCUUUGACUAAAGUUGCCAGGUGCAUCAAUGGUUCUCGCCACUUUGAGACCGUUCUAAAAGAGUGGUGUGAGGAUGUUUUCUUUCUGGAGAUGAGAUUUGACCGCGCAGAUCAAUUCGAAAAUCGUACCAACCAAGAGGAGGAGGAGGAAUCACCUGGAACUGGAAUCUUUCAUUGCGAAAUAAAGAAACUGGAAGAGUUCAGAACAGAAUGGGCUGAGAAGCUGUCAACUGUUGUCUUGAGGGGAUUCGACAUGUGCUGCCGAGACUAUAUGAAGAACAAGAAACAAUGGCAAGAAAGGGAAGAUGAAGAAGGAGGUGGGCAUGUAGAAGUAGUCUCCCAAUCUCUCGUCAACGCGCUGGAUUAUCUUCAGGGGAAAAUGUCAGUUUUGGCCCUGGGUCUGAACAGUGUAGAUUUCGUCGCGGCGUGGAGAAGCCUCGCGUCCAAGAUUGACGCCUUGAUGUUUGCCGGAAUCUUUGGGGGCAGCGCCAAGUUUUCUGGCGGCAGGGGAGUGGAGAGGCUUGGGUAUGAUUUGGGAGUCAUGUUUGGUGUGUUCAGGCAAUGGUGUUUUAGACCUGAGGGCUUCUUCCCCAAACUAAGUGAAGCUCUAAAGUUGCUCAAGAUGACAAAGAAACAACACCAGAUCUGUUUGAAAGGAGGGGAGGCUUCAUUGAAGGAGAAUGGGAUUAGGCAUUUGACCUUGGCUGAAGCAGAAAAGAUUGCAAGGAAUAGGAUCUGAUUUGUUCCAUAUAUACUCUUUCUCCUACAAUAUAUUUGUCUAGUAUUUCAUUUUAGGCCGUCCCUAUUAGUAAAUGUACAAUAGUUUU